UUAUUUGUAUGUUUAAUGGAAUAUUUUUUUUUCAUUGGUUUCUUUAAGGUACGUGGCCACCAAAGAGCGCCAUCUGACUCAAAAGAAUUCCAUGAGGUGACCAAGCGCGAUGCACUCAAAUCGCUCGAAAAUGAUUUGGAUCGGUUGUUGCGCACUGCGCCAGCGGAAAAGCGCCCCGAGUUGCAAAAGGAAAUGGUGCGAUUCGCCGAUUUGUUUGGACGCUUUCUGCAAGAAGAGGGUCCUUCUAUUGAUUGGGACAAAAUUCAGAAGUUGCCUGCGAACGCCGUCAUGGAUUACUCCAAUCUGAGUUCGCCUAAAAAUGAGCAGAACGAGAUUCGCACAAUGUUAGACAAAUUGGUUGUCGUAAAGCUGAAUGGUGGUCUGGGUACAUCUAUGGGUUGCCAUGGUCCUAAGAGUGUCAUACCCGUGCGCUCCGAUCUAACGUUCCUCGAUUUAACUGUGCAACAAAUUGAGCAUUUGAAUAAAACAUACGAUGCCAAUGUACCGCUGGUGCUUAUGAAUUCAUUCAACACUGAUGAAGAUACACAAAAAAUCAUACGCAAAUAUACCGGCUUUCGUGUUCAAAUUCACACAUUUAAUCAGAGCUGUUUUCCGCGCAUCAGCCGUGAAUCAUUCUUGCCAGUUGCCAAAGAUUUGGAUGUGGAGAAAGAUAUUGAUGCCUGGUAUCCACCCGGUCACGGCGACUUCUACGAUACCUUCCGCAAUUCUGGUCUGCUAAAGAAGUUUAUCGACGAGGGCCGUGAAUAUUGUUUCCUUUCCAACAUUGAUAAUCUGGGCGCUACCGUGGACUUGGCCAUACUCAAUAAAUUGCUGGGUGAGGAACGUUCCGCACAACCUGUCGAAUUUGUGAUGGAAGUCACUGACAAAACACGUGCUGACGUCAAGGGUGGUACGCUCAUUAACUUGGAAAACAAACUACGUUUGCUGGAAAUCGCACAAGUGCCAAAAGAACAUGUCGACGACUUCAAAUCAGUAAAAACAUUUAAAUUCUUCAACACCAAUAACAUCUGGGCGAAAUUGGAUGCUAUCGAUCGUGUACUCCGCGAGCGCACGCUCAAAAUGGAGAUCAUUGUCAACAACAAAACAAUGGAAAAUGGUGUACGCGUAGUGCAACUGGAAACAGCCGUUGGUGCUGCCAUGAAGUGUUUUGAUGGCGCCAUCGGCAUCAAUGUGCCACGUUCACGUUUCUUGCCAGUGAAAAAGACUUCGGAUUUGUUGUUAGUCAUGUCAAAUCUGUAUCACCUGAAAAACGGCAGUCUAGCCAUGUCACCACAACGCAUGUUCCCCACCACACCGCUUGUUAAGUUGGGCGAAAAUCACUUCUCAAAGGUGAAAGAGUUCCUUGGCCGCUUCGCCAACAUACCCGAUAUUAUUGAGCUUGAUCAUUUGACGGUGUCCGGCGAUGUCACAUUUGGUCGCGGUGUGUCGCUUAGGGGUACUGUUAUUAUUAUUGCUAAUCAUGGUGAUCGUAUUGAUAUACCAGCUGGUGCCAUUCUGGACAAUAAGAUCGUCUCCGGUAAUAUGCGUAUUUUGGAUCAUUAAAAAAGUUGCAGAUCGCCGAUGCUGUCCAAAAAACGCAAAGACUUCCUUAUGAAAUAAAUCAGGAAUUAUUACGUAGAGUAGUCAGUUGCAUAUUUUUAUAAGUGAAAAAGUUCAGGUGAAAACAAAUAAAAAAAAAAA